AUGUUGGAUGUCCGUCGGCCUCUUCUUCCCAUCCUCCUCCGCGAGAGUGAUCAUCCUCUUCUCGGUUGGGCACAAUUUGGCCCCGACCGGCGGUAUCAACUAUCUUUCCGUCGUGCGACACCAGAUGAUGUGGCAAACCCUGACGGGUCCCCCAAGAGGGGCAAGAACGAGCUGGACAGAUGGACCGAGUACGGGCAAGCAAAGUGGGCCACUAUCCCCAUGGCGAAAUACUUUGCGAAUACAUAUGGCCCAAAGCAAAUGAUUGCGGUGUCUAUGCAUCCUGCUUCUGCCGCGACCAACCUGAGUGCUCAUAUUGGUUUCCUGGGCUGGGCGGCUCCAAUCCUCUUCUCCCCGUCCCAAGGUGCGCUCAACCAACUCUGGGCUGGGACUCUCCCCAUCGCUCAAGCUCGAGAGUUGAACGGCAAGUAUGUGGUGCCUUUCAGCCAUGUCCUGGAUUCCAGAGGCGAUCUUCUGGGAGAAGAGGGUCAAGAGAAAGCGAGGAAGCUCUCGGAGUGGUGUGAUGAGCAAGGGAAAAAGUUUGAAUAG